AGUGUACCUACAUCACGGUUGAGCAAGUGGAGCGAACCUACGCCGUGGUCCUGAGCCGCCCGUCCUGGCUGUGGGGCGCAGAGAUGGGCGCCAACGAGCACGGGGUGUGCAUCGGGAACGAGGCCGUGUGGGGCCGCGAGGAGGUGUGCGGCGCCGAGGCGCUCCUGGGCAUGGAUCUCGUAAGGCUUGGACUUGAGAGAGCGGACACAGCCGAAAAAGCUCUUACUGUCAUAGUCGAUUUGCUAGAAAAAUACGGACAGGGCGGAAACUGCAUGGAGAGCCACAUGGCCUUUACAUACCAUAACAGCUUUCUGAUAGCUGACAGAAAGGAAGCAUGGGUACUGGAGACAUCAGGAAAAUACUGGGCAGCAGAAAAAGUAGAAGGAGGUGUACGGAAUAUUUCCAACCAGCUCUCUAUCACAACCAAGAUUGACAGAGAACAUCCGGAGAUGAAGGAAUAUGCCAAAAGCAAGGGUUGGUGGGAUGGGGAAAAGGAAUUUGAUUUUGCUGCCGCGUAUUCUUAUGUAAAUACCGCCAGAAUGACUACAUCCAGAAGCCGUUAUUGUGAAGGCUACAAACUCCUGAACAAACAUAAAGGCACUAUAACUUCUGAAACAAUGAUGGAAAUUCUUCGUGACAAAGAGAGUGGCAUUAAUAUGGAAGGUGGUUUUAUGACAACUGGAAGCAUGGUGUCCGUGUUGCCUCAGGACCCUAAUCUGCCAUGCAUUCACUUCUUUACGGGAACUCCAGACCCUGCAAGGUCUGUGUUCAAGCCUUUCAUUUUUGUGCCUGGUAUUACUGAGUUAUUAAAAACUAGCUCCCCUACAUUUGGUUCUGAUGAUCCAGUCAAGAAGCAGCCACGUUUUCAGAGUAAGCCAGAUCGAAGACAUGAGCUCUAUAAAAAACAUGAAAGUGCUGCUGUAGUUAUGGAAACUAUGAAGGGCAAAGGUAAAAAAAUGCUGGAAGAGAUACAGAAGCUGGAGAAAAAGAAGAUGAGUGAAAUGGAAUCGAUCCUGCAAAAUGGAUGUCCUGACAUUAACCAAGUGGUUAACCUGUUUUCACAGUGUGUAGAUGAAGAACUCAAAAUAUAUGGUUAAAAUUACUAUUUGAAUGGAUUGCUUUUAUAUUUAUCUCUUGUCAUGGAGUGGCUCUAUAGAUUACCUCCUAUUUUCAAUAUACCAGUUAUUUAGUAUGGACAGUUUUAAAGACGCAGAUUUCUAUUCAGGCCAAACAGUUUUUGGUUGUAGGAAGCAAGGUAGAAAAGCCUCUUCAGAGCUAGGCAGUACCUUUGUAAGUGGCAAAAAGCUGUCAGCAGAGACUGAUUUUCCAAUGAACUGAUGCAGCUGGAAUCCAAUAGCUUGACUAAGUUGCAGAACAACCCCAUGUUACACACAUGUAACUUUUGUAGUCAAAAUAAUAAUUGCAGCAGAAUUUUUCCUUGCCUGAAUUUAAAUGGCCAGGCUGGAAGACUUUCUAAAAUUUAGAAAGUAUUGCUUUCACUGAAUAAAAAGGAAACUGGUAUGCAGGUUAAAAAGAUCAAUGUUCAGCUUUCUGAGGUACAUUUCAUAUAUCCUACUCCGUAACAAUGGAUGACGCUAAGAGCUUAAACUAUACGGAAUCCAAAUCAUAAUUUUAGCAUGAAUUGUUGUGUAAUCUGAUUACUUGAAAUUCAAUAGAGCAAGCAUCUUGCAGUUUACCUACCACGCGAUUUUCACUUCCCUAUUUUUCCCACCGAUACCAAAAAAUAAUUUAUUUACCUGCAAUAUAAUUACUAUAAGUUAAUUCUGUAAUAUGUUUUAUAAUGUCUGGAAGUUUUUUAAAUGCUUCCUUUAUUGUUACCUUUUUGUUUGUUUUAAAUCAGGCAACUGGAAAUGAAUAAGACAGGGAACAUAAGUAUAUACAUAUACUCAAUGGAGCACUUAAAAGAACUCUUCAAUUUUUUUCGCUUUAUUUUAACCAUACCUUGUUAAGCUAAAAUUGCUAAACUCAAAAGUUGAUUUAAUGAAGCUUUUCCUCCACCAUCCCACUAAAAGCAGUGAUUGAACUGUGACAGUACUUCUAUUAACCAUAGCGAGGGAUAAAGAGAGCAAAAAAAGAAGGAAGGUUCUGACUUUGCUACGUGAUCGAGCAGGAUGAAAAUUACAACUGGAAGGAAAAAUAAUCUCAAUACUCCCGUGGACCUUCAGAAGAGAACGUGUAACAUGAAAUGGAGCAUUGAAACUACAGUGGUAGUAGGUGACAAGACGCAGCAUCCCCACAGACCACAGAAAGACCAUUCCUUUGAAGAACGCUUUAUAUUUGCUCAGUUUCUAGAGUUGUCUCAGAUGUAAGAAAACUAGGAGUAGUUUUCUGGUUUUGCAAGCCAUUCUGUAUUCCCACAGGAAAAAACAAUCUAGGCAGAUAUAAGAAAUCCAUAUAAAAUUAAUUUUGUAGUAUGCUGCCAAACAAAGAAGAUAAUGAAAGAUUGAUAAAAUUUGUUCUUUUUGAUUAAUGUGGUGGUAACAUAUUCAGAUCCACACCAAAAAAGGAAAGGGUCAGUAACAGUUCUUCAACUUCCUAUUCUAGAGAUCAUAUAUUGACUGAAUGGCAAUAACAAGUAAGACUAUGAAAGUAAGCUUGAGUCAACUGUGAACCUUUUGCGCGUGUUACCAACAACAUUUCUUAGCAAUUCAGUAGGACAUGGAUGUUUGUGGACUAGAUGGUAUAUUUAAUAAAAAUAUGCUGUAUUUACCCAUUUUCCUCA